UGAACACGUGGUGAAAGUCGACCGAAAGUACAAUAUUUAUAAACAACAUGGGAAAAGUUACAAAACGACUCGCGAGAAAGAAGUAUAACUAUGACAUCAACAGGAAAAAAUUGUGGAAAAAGUCUAAGAAACUUCCUGCAAUAGGAUGUAAAGAAAUCAAGGAAUGUUGGGAUGAUAAAAAGUCGGUGCUGAACAAUCUAGCUGACAUGGGCCUCAGUGCAGAUCCCAAUAAAACUCUCCACAUUAAAUCUACCAAGGAGCUCAUAACACCUAUGGAAAUGGAUAUUUCUGAGAUAAAGAAAAUCAACAAAAAGCCUGUGAAAGAGUCUGUUGUCAAAGCUCUGGAGCAGGAGGCCAAUAUUCCAGCAGCCAAGACAAACAAGUUAUCCGAGCCAGAGGUCAUGUACUGCACAUAUAUGAUGGAUAAAUAUGGCGAUGACUAUAAGGCAAUGGCAAGGGACCCCAGAAACCACUACCAGGAGACCCCUAAACAGAUCAAGAAGAAAAUCAAUAUGUUUAAGAAUACUGGCCCACAGUAUGCUGCAUAUUUAAAGUCCAAAGUGGAGACGGCGUGUGGCGCAUGUGAGCAAUUUCAGCUCAGCCCUGUCGCCUCGGACCCCCGCUCCCUACCCUGUGCCGCGAUCACGAGCGGGAGCUGCCACCGCCGCGUCACGCGGAAAUACGAGGCGGCGCGCCGAAAUGGCCACUACACGCGGUCGCCGGAAGUAGUUGAGAACGAGAACUUGACUGUUGAGCCGCCUGUGACACUGAGUAGAGUUCGACGGAAGCUGAACUUUGGCCGGAAGCCACCGCGAAGUCGGGAUGCACCCCCGGAAGUCACAUGAUGAAUGUUGUUACCCUGCCCACGUGCAUCAUUAAAAGAAUGACGAUAUUUGAGAUGAACAGUAUACUUAGUCGUGACUAAAUUUUAUAAACAUGUGAAAGUUUUUCCUGAAUUUUGUACAAAGGAAUACUAGGUUUUUAAUCAAAACUAAAUGCAUUUUUGUGGCGGUUAUUCACGAAAAGUAUUGAACUACUUGCUAAAGACCAUGAACUACUUCUUGAAGAUGUGUUCAUGGUACAAAACAUAUUUACGAGAAAGUGCUAGAUAGUCUUACCCUUUAAUGGUUUGCAUAGUUUUACACUUAAACACACAUUUAUUUGACUGAGCUGUGUUGUAUGUGUGUGUUGUUUUGUUUUUAUCUCCAGUAAUGCCAAACCGGUUUCCAUCUUAAAGCCCUGAAAUAUGGAUUUAUGGAUAGAGUGAAAAUCUGAAAAAAACGUGUGUGAUUUUAUCUAUUUUUAUUAAUGUGUGAGAGCUCUUUUGUAAUUUAAAAUGCAGUAAAUUUUGUAACUUUUCACAUGGCAAUUUUUGGAUACCGUUUUAUAUGUUGACGCACUUUUGUUAACAUGUUUCCAUCGUUAUGUUGUAAACUUUGCACUUAGAUUAUAUUCAUGUUUUAAUUGUUCUGUUUAUCACUUAGACAUUGCUGCUUGAUUCCCUGUUUCUUUGAUUUGUUGAAAUUUUGUUGCCACCAACUGACUUUGAGUUGGGGGUUUUAUGUACUAUUGUUUGCAUUACUACUAAAAGGAUUUAAGCAGACUAAUGUUACAGUAAUACUUUUCGGAAACAGGUAGAACGAGGUAAAUCCAAUCUUACAUUUAGUAACAUCAUUGGCAACAUUUAUUGGCGAAUUUCAAAUAACCAUUUUAGGUCGUCUGUGUUUUUGGAGGUAUUGUCAUUGCAUCGGUGUCGUCCACGGACGUUAUAAGAGAAUUGACGUGAAACUUGGUGCGCGUGUUAACAGUGGCAAUGUGAACAUGAGUAGCAAGUCCCACUACUCUGUCGACAACGUGUUGAGUUGUGGCCCCUAAAUCAACUUAGAAAAAUGGACGAGCUAUGGUACCAGACUGCGAAAGUUCUAGUUUACGAAACCCCAAUUAAGAGAAAACAUUCAGCGCAAUUUCCUACGCAUUGUUUUAUUGACAUUACUUUAUUAUUUGUUUUGUAUUGAUAGUCCACAGGUCGUGGGCAUUCUUUUUGUAUGCAUAUUCGAUUUAAGGUUUUAUAUUUGCUAAUUCCUUUAUAUCUGUUUUAUUCAGCCAUAAGCUCGGUGUUUUACCAUUUAUCAUUUUGUUAUAGAUCUGCACAAGUUGUUUCAUUAUUCAUUAAUGUUUUAAUAAAAGUUUAAACUUGC